CUAUAAACAAAGAAACUUAUUUUGCAGCACAGAAUAGAAAAAUGCUGAAUUCCACCGUUUAUUGAUUAUAAGUAGCAAAACUUAGUGCGUACAAAAGGAAAUGAAUCGGAUCAGGCAGUUUUACCGAGCAAGGCACCCGGAGUGACAAACUUAAACGAAUUACCUAAUUUAGUGCCAACGUGUUUUCACUGUACAAAGCAAAAGUGUCUGUGUGAUAAUAUUCAUGCACUUGCAUUCCAAUAGUUUUAUAUGAAGAAACCCUCCGAACGACACAAGUCGAAACAUUAUGCGGGGCAGUAUAGUUGGAAUAGAGGAUGGCCUCAGCAAUCCAAAGCCCGGCAACAUGCACGGGAUGCUGCUAGAACUACUAGACAACCUGUUUGCAUCAUUCAUCGUAGGACCCCUCGUGGUCGGUUAUUGGCGUGGCACGUGGAAUCUAGCUGGCGCAUACAUUUAUCCAUCAGAUCUUCCAACUAGUCUUUUCAUAUCGUUGUCCAUCGGCAUAGUAGGGCACCUCAUAUUCAACAUCUUCCAAGGGACCAUCCGACGGCACCUAAAUGCCGACAAACAUCGGUUACUGUUCUUCAUCGGAUCAAGACUGUACACCGAAAUCUACGGCACGAUAUGCGUCAACACAUGGCGCGGAGGAUGGGAGAUGAUUAAUCUCUACACCACACACGACGUAGCCACUGUCCUAGUGAUUACGCUAGGUUGUGCUCUUUUACUGGCAAUGCUGAAAGGCCUACGUAAUAUCACAGCAUCACCAUUUUACGUUGUCAACGACCACCGGCGAGAAUACUUCGAUGUUCCAACCUAUUUCAAAUUGACGGGUUCCAAAGAGCCAGGACUGUACGUGCUAGAUUGUAUGUUUUCGGUGCUAGUAAUCGGAUCGCUAGUAGUAUUUGUGUGGCGAGGCCUCUGGGUUCUUCUAGAUCUGAAACUGUUCCCCGAAGAUCACGCACUCUCCGCAUGGGCCUCAGUGUUGAUAGGUUACGGUGUAACCGCUGUCAUCUUUUCCCUCCAACCCCUGAUGCGGUGGACGUGCGACCGGCUGUCAGGAAUAUGGCGUGUUAUAGUCGCCGAUCUGUUCCUUUUCUUCAGCUUCCUUGCCACAAUCAACGUUUGGCGAGGAGUCUGGCAUCUGCUGGAUGAUUAUUUCCUACCAGAAAACCCGCUAAUGAGUAACUGGAUCACUCAUGGUGUGUCGCUACUGUUGUUGAUCCUCUUGAACUGCUCGAACUCGGUGCUAGUUCGAGGAGUUUACAUCGACGCCGAGGAGCCAGCUGGCCAAUGCGUCGUAUUCCCAGUAUACUACAUCCGGUUAUUCUUCCAGAAGGAACGAACGAAGAAACAGAGAAAAUUACUGGAAUCUCUGGGAAGAUCCGAAUACAACAACAUCACCAGCGUACUACUGGACAAAAAACCAAACAAGGUUGAGCAAAACCAUCAAAUCAGUCGAAACUUGGAAGCCGUACCAUUAACGAUAAUCGAUAAUCCGAAAAGCAAUGGUGAUCACAACAUACACGACAACAGGCAAUGACAACGUUUCUAAUAACCAUCGGAACCGACGCUAAUUGCACUCCCUUCGGAGUGAGAAUUUAAGACAGUUCAAUCUUCUAUCUGAGCCACUGAGAAAAUAUACUGCAAACUUGUGGAGGUCUGCUUCGAACUUCUAUGAUUGGCUACUUGUGAGAAUAUUUUUUUUUAUUACUCUUAAUUUCUACGAUAGCACUAGGUGUAUAUUAACUAGCGAUAAGUAUUAUUACCGAUAAGAUUUUUGAACACAACUCUGAAAAUGUAUAUAUUGCAGCUCGUUGAAAACAUUCCAUUAAUUUAUGAAUACGUUUUCGUAUGUUUUAGAAUAAACAAUGGUGACCUUAAACAGAAA